AUGGCGCAUAGGAAAUUACAGCAAGAGGUGGAUCGGGUGUUCAAAAAGAUCAGCGAAGGGCUGGAGAUAUUUGACACCUACUAUGAGAGGCAUGAGAACUGCACCAAUAACCCAUCGCAGAAAGACAAGCUGGAAUGCGACCUCAAGAGGGAAGUGAAAAAACUGCAGCGGCUUCGAGAACAAAUUAAGUCGUGGCAGAGCUCGCCCGACAUAAAGGAUAAGGAUUCACUGCUGGAACACAGGCGAUCCGUUGAGGUAGCAAUGGAAAAAUAUAAAGCUGUUGAAAAAGCAUCUAAGGAGAAGGCCUACUCGAAUAACAGCCUUAAGCGGUCUGACAAUCUCGACCCUAAGGAAAGGGAACGUCAAGAAAUCACGGACUAUCUGUCGCAGUCGAUAGAGGAACUGGAGCGGCAGUACGAUUCGGCACAAGUUGAGGUUGACAAGCUGAUAUUGCUCAACAAAAAGAAGAAGACGGCCACAACUGCAAACGAGGAGAAAAAGAAUCAGCUGAAAGACCUCCAGGGGAGAUACAGAUGGCAUCUGCAACAGAUGGAGCUUGCGCUGCGGCUUGUUGCAAAUCAAGAGCUUGAUCCAGAGGACGUAAAGCGCGUAAAAGACGAUAUUAACUACUUCAUUGAGUCCAACCAGGAACCAGAUUUCGUAGAAGACGAAACAAUAUACGAUGGACUGGACUUGACGUCGAAUGAGGCCAUUGCCCAUGAAGUCGCUGCAGCUUUUGCUGCACAGCGCAGUGAAGAACUUGAGGAAGACAUGGUCAAAGAGGGAGCGAAGCUCUCCAAAAAGGAGCAAAGGAAACUAGAAAGGGAAGCAAAAAAGGCCGCAAAGGCCUCAGCCAAAACAGGAAGUGGUACUGAGACGCUUCCCGAGUCUGCGGGCAUAGUGAUCCCUCAGAAAAACGAGCCAAGGCAAAUUGACAGUGUGAGUGAGUCGGCUUCCGUCAGUGCGUCGCGAUCCCCAUCGCCAGAUGUCUCAUCAGCAGGUACGAGCAUACCAAAUACGGCCAACUCAAAGUCAACGAUUCAACCAUCAUCAUCUGCAGGUCCUGUUAAUUUAAUGGGUAAACUGCCAGGCUCUCAGAUCAAACAGCAAACAAUAUCCAGAGAAGCCACUCCUGAACUUCAGGGCCAUACGCAUAUUCAUCAAUCUCUCAAUGGUAUAACGACUACUAGCACAUUGAAGCCUGCCACGGUACCCGCAAGACCUGUAGGUGACUUGCGGUGGGCCGCUGCAGCUUCUCAAGCCGCUGAGAAAGAAAAAAAGGCUGAACAUCUAAAUCACCAAGCGGCUAAAUCACAAUCUACCUCCUCUUCUGUGAAUAACAGUGCCACGACAAGCGCUGCGAGUACGCCGAUAGUUACUAAGCAAGCGUUGACGCCAGUUGGGCAGAAGAGAAUUCUUUCAAAUUCCCAAAUGCUAACUGCGACGGUGCCAUCUAGCGUCGGCAUUCAGGUCUCUAACAACACAUUGCCAAGCCAGAAGACAGUAAAUUCCCAAGAUGCCAAGGCUGGCGAACCAGCAGUAGAAGAGGUAAUUGAUGAUACUUAUGAUUCGGACUAUAGUCUUGACGACUUUGAUGAAUCUUCGGACGAUGAAAUAAUAGAUGAUGAAGAAAGCGCAACAAAAUCACAAAUAAGGGAGAACUUGCGGGAAACUCUAUCCGACGAUCUGGAGCUUUUGGUUCUGCCUGGGGGAGUUCAAGACUUCAUUAUGAGCUCUCUUCUGUCCAGAAAUGGUCUCAAUCGUUCAAAUGGCAGCUGUAGUAAGCUGCGGACUUUACGCGACGCAUGUCGUGUCUCGCGGCUGGACAAUAUACCUCGAUCUGUGAACCCUCCAUCUCCUUUAGAUGCGUUUCGCUCUACUAGCGUAUGGGAUGUUACGAGGUGUAGCCUCCGUGAUGAGAUCGGGGAAUUCGGUGGAGACAAACCUGCGGAGCGCGCCCACCUUCUGGAGAAAUUUCGCGGUCUGGAGACCUUCUUUUUAUUCUACUGCUUUUACUAUUCAAUAACUCCGCUGGAACAAGAAAUUGCAUAUACCCUUCUCGGCGAAAGGAAUUGGAAAGUUUCCAAAACUGGAGAAAAUUGGUUCUCCAGACAUAGCUUGCCUAAGUUCUCGAACGAACUUUGCGAGGUCGCCGACUUCAAGAUUUUCAACCUUGAUGAUUGGACCGUCACGGAUAAGCUAAACUUCAAACUGGACUAUAGCAUUUUGAGGGAUCCUCCUUCGACAGAAGCAGAACCAAGCCUUGUCGACGACGCGAAUGAGUCAGGAGCUUGGACCAAAAGCACCGUGGUUCAGUGA